ACGUAUAUAUAUAUUUCAUUUGGGAGAUAUUGUGGAUGCCCACCAUUGCUGGAUGGAGUACUCAAUGUGAUCAACAAUGUUAAUGUGAUUAAUAACGUUGAAAGAGACAUCUUACACAUCGUUGUUGGGCAGAAAAAAACAGAUUAAUUGCAUAAAAAUAUAUAUAGCACUAUUAUAUAUAUUGUUAAUCUAUAAGUGGGCUGCAAUAUGGGAUCGAUAUAGAUAUCUGAAAAACAAAGAACACUGGUUUGCUAGCAAUAUGCAAGAACCAAAAUGUAAUUAGAAAAAAAAUCAAUAUUUAAAAAAAAAAGGAGAGAAAAUAAUAAUUCGUGAGAUGAGAGGGUAAUGUUUGUGCAGAGGCACUGUUACUGACUGCUGCAAGCAUUUCAGUUGCUGCCUGUUUCUGGUAGAUAAUGCUUCCUCAUGGAAAGCUGCUCCACAGCAUUAGAGAUCAUCAUAUAUAUAAUAUAUAUGUAUAUCUAUCUUCUUAAUUAAAAAAAAAAAAAAAACCCUCUUACUCAUAGAGAGUAGAUCUGAAUCUGCUCAUGAUAUAUAUAUCUUCCUUCCUCAUUUUCAUUUUCAACAAUUUAAAGAACUGAUCAGAUCGUACAAUUGAUAUAUAUAUAUAUAUAUAUAUGUAGCCUCCCUCUAUCUCUCUCUCUUUCUCUUUCUCUCUCUCUCUCUUCCAAACCCUUGUUCUGCAAUUAAUUUGUUAUAUAUCCCAUUUAUAUAGAAUAAUAUGUGUGUAGGAGAGAGACCAGUUCCCCCAAAUAUACCUGGUAUCACAGUUGCUGAUACUACUUAUUGCCACUGCUGCAUCUAUAUAUGACUGCGCCUUUACAUUCUAUACACUCAGCAGCUAGCAGAUGCCAAGUUCUUGAAGAAAGCAGCUUGCUAGAGCUAAGCCAGCUGAAAGAUCAAGAAGUAAAUGCUCAUGGGCUCAUUCAAUUCUUCCCAUCUGCAACAACAAGAAGAACAAGUGCCUCUUGAAGAUCAACAAGAAGAUCAUCCACAUCAUAAUUACCAAUUACCCAACAUCAGCAAUAUCUCAGAUCUGCAACUAUACCACCACAACCACCACCAUCUCCAUGCUCACCAGAUUUCUCACCAGCCAUUUGUAAUGCCAAGGGGCUUGAUGACCACCUCACCAACCCACAUGCGCCAAUUGCUCAUUACCUGCGCCGAGCUCAUUUCCCAGCUUGACUUCUCCUCCGCUCGCCGCCUCAUUUCCCUCUUGUCUUCCAAAUCCUCCCCGUUCGGGGACUCCACCGAGAGAUUGACCCACCAGUUUGUCAAAGCCCUCUCCCUCCGCCUCAAUAAUCCUAACCCUAGCUCUAGUGCGGCACUCACAACUGCCGCCACUGCGGCCGCAUCCUCCUCCUCCAACUACUUAUUGUUGGAAGAGGAGGACGACAACAACAACGAGGAGGCACUUCACUCGUGCUACCUAACCCUAAACCAGAUAACUCCAUUCAUAAGAUUCAGCCACUUGACAGCCAACCAAGCCAUCCUCGAAGCCAUAGACUCAUCCCAUCAUUCCAUCCACAUCCUCGACUUUGACAUCAUGCACGGCGUCCAGUGGCCCCCACUGAUGCAAGCCCUCACCGACCGCUCCUACAACAGCGACAGAACCGUCCAACAUCCGCCUCCCAUGCUUCGAAUCACCGCCACGGGCCACAGCCUGGCCCUCCUCCUCAAAACCGGUGACCGCCUCUUAAAAUUCGCCAACUCCCUCGGCCUCGCCUUCCAUUUCCACCCACUCGUCCUAAAUGACGCCGUCCAACCGUCAGACAUAAUCAGCCCUUCAACCCUCGGCCUCCUCCCGAACGAAGCCCUCGCCGUCAACUGCGUGCUCUACCUCCACACCCUCGUCACGGACGACUCACGUGAGCUCUCUCUCUUCCUCCGGAAGAUCAAGUCAUUAAACCCAAAGGUGUUGACGAUCGCCAACAAAGAGGCCAACCACAACCACCCUCUCUUCUUCAACCGGUUCGUGGAAGCUCUGGAGCACUACGGCGCCGUUUUCGACUCGUUGGAAGCGACGCUGCCUCCGAACAGCAGGGAGAGGCAGGCGGUGGAGGAUGUGUGGAUGGGGAGGGAGAUUAGGGACGUGGUGGGGGCGGAGGAGGGGAGGAGAAGGCAAAGGCACGAAAAGUACGAGACGUAUUGGGAGGUGAUGUUGAGGAGGGCAGGUUUUGAGAACGUGGCUUUGAGCCCUUUUGCUCUCUCGCAAGCGAAGCUGCUUCUGAGGCUUCAUUAUCCUUCCGAGGGUUACCAGCUGAGGAUAAUCAAUGACUCUUUUUUCUUAGGUUGGCAGAAUCGUCCCCUUUUCUCUGUUUCUUCUUGGCACUAA